AUGGGAGAUACAAAAGGGAUUCAUUUCCACCCACCGUCCAAGUUUUAUAGGGCAGUUUCUCAGUUACUGGGCGCAUCUAUGUGGUUUUUUAUGUUUUAUAGGAUGAAAAAAGAUGGACCAAUUAUUCUGGGACUGAAACAUCCCUGGGAAGUAUUUUUUUUCCGGCAGAAUUGGCCAAAAAAUGCUGAUUUACUUGAAAGAAUCAUGAAACACAAGAAAAACAUUGAAAAUAGAGAGAAAAGCGGUAUAUAUGGGAAGAAUGGAGUGGAAUAUGUAAGGGAGAAGUUAAUUGAGGGGUAUUUUGUUUUUUCUGGUUGAUUUCUAUGGAGAAAAUUAAGUAGUAAAAGAUAUAGAUUAAGGAGA